UGGCCGUGACGUGCAUGGCGGGGCGGAAGUGGCGGCUCCGACCAUGGACAGCAGUGAUGACAUUGAAGACGUGUCUCUCUUUGAUGCAGAUGAUGAUGCCUCCAGGAGAUCCAAAAAGUCAAAAAUAAGGCACCCGGUGGCAUCAUUCUUCCACUUAUUCUUCCGAGUCAGUGCCAUCGUGGUUUACCUGCUCUGUGAGCUCUUAACCAGCAGCUUCAUUGCCUGCAUGGUGACCAUCAUCCUCCUCCUGUCCUGUGACUUCUGGGCUGUGAAGAAUGUCACAGGGCGCCUGAUGGUUGGCCUGCGCUGGUGGAACCAGGUGGAUGACGACGGCAGGAGUCACUGGGUGUUUGAAGCCAGGAAGGUGUCAGCACAAGGGGGUAAAACCUCAUCUGAGGCAGAGUCCCGAAUUUUCUGGCUAGGCCUGAUCAGCUGCCCCAUGAUCUGGGUGAUCUUUGCCUUCAGUGCUCUCUUCUCCUUCAAAGUGAAGUGGUUGGCCGUGGUGGCGAUGGGGGUGGUGCUGCAGGGAGCCAACCUCUACGGCUACAUCAGGUGCAAGGUUGGCAGCAGGAAGAACCUGACCAGCAUGGCAACCAACUACCUGGGGAAGCAGUUCCUGCGGCAGACCAUGGCUACAGAGGAGCAAGCGGCGUCCUGAGCGCGGAGGGAGGCUCCAGCCGGGCUGCGUUCCCAGCAGGGACCCACAGAGGAGGUUGCUCUGACCAGUCUGGGAGCUGCACACAAGGCGUGAAUCAAAAGGAGUAAAUAAAUUGUGCAAGACUUGAGGUUAACGCUCCUGGCAGCUUAUAUUCCAUUUUCCACUAACAGUCUGUGUUUUAACUCCUCUCUUUAGUUUGAUUAACAAGAAUUAAUUUGCUUAAAUUUUACAUUAAAAGGCAGCCUGAGUGGGUUUCAUACAGGUUUAGAACUACUGGAUGAGUUAAGAGAAAAUUGCUGGAGAUUCUUCGGAAAAGCCACGUGCAAGCUGAGCCUUGGGAACUGUCCUGCUCCUUCAGCACCUGGUGCCUGGGUCCUUUCAGUUGUGGACAGGUUUUGCUCUUGGAGGUUGUUGCUGCAUCUGUUACAGUUCAGGGGGUGAUUUUUGGCCCUGCAUCCCUCACUGUGUGACUGGAGUGGCGCUGAGUGGCUGCAGUGAGGGGCACCCGAAGGAAAUGGGGCUGCUGGGAAGGUCCCUGCAGUCUCAUGGCAGCUGCAGAAGGUGACCUGUGAGCUGGCCCAGGUGUCCUGGAGCAUUCACAGGCCUGGGGAGCACCCUAAACCCUGGAUCUGUGGGAAUCCCUGUGGGCCUGGGCCCGUCUGGGGAGUGGCAAGAGCAGGAGCAGUUCCCGGGGAAGGCUGCAGCCCCAUUGCAGCCAGGGGCUGUGAGAGCAGCCUGGGCUGCCUGCUCUGUCACACUGAGACCACGGCGUGUCCUGGGGGGACUCUGGCCAUGGGGCUGUUCCUCAGGCCAGGAGGGCAUGGGGGUGUGCCCAGCAGCUCCCUGCACAGGGUGGGACAGGCAGGGAGUCACCCACGCUCCUGCAGUGAGCAGGGUGUCACGCUCCUGCAGUGGGCAGGGUGUCACCCACACUCCUGCAGUGGGCAGGGUGUCACCCACACUCCUGCAGUGAGCAGGGUGUCACACUCCUGCAGUGGGCAGGGUGUCACCCACACUCCUGCAGUGGGCAGGGUGUCACUCCUGCAGUGGACAGGGUGUCACGCUCCUGCAGUGGGCAGGGUGUCACCCACACUCCUGCAGUGGGCAGGGUGUCACCCACACUCCUGCAGUGGGCAGGGUGUCACUCUCCUGCAGUGGGCAGGGUGUCACUCCUGCAGUGGACAGGGUGUCACACUCCUGCAGUGGGCAGGGUGUCACGCUCUGUGCUGCCCCUAAGCUCUCCAAGGGAGCAGGGGACAGUCCUGUGUGGGGUCCUGGCACAGCUCUGUAGGGUCCUGGCAGUGCUGUGGGGUCCUGGCACAGCACCAUGGUGUCCUGGCACAGCUCUGUACGGUCCUGGCAGUGCUGUGGGGUCCUGGCACAGCUCCAUGGUGUCCUGGCACAGCUCUGUGGGGUCCUGGCACAGCUCUGUAGGGUCCUGGCAGUGCUGUGGGGUCCUGGCACAGCUCUGUGGGUCCUGGCACAGCUCUCUGGGGUGGCAGUGCUGUUCCGAGCUCAUCUCUGCCCAGGGGCCGGUUCCUUCCCUGGGGUUCUGUCCCUGGAGCUUGUGCUGCCCCAGCAGCAGGCGCUGAACGCUCUGGGGGAGGAGCUGGAAAUGGAGAACGUGCUUUCUUUUUGACCCGUGGGGUUGCAUUAACCUGGUUCCUGUCCCUGUGCUCUGCAGUACUGGCAGCUGUACGUUUGUUUAACUCUUUGGAUUGAUACCUCCCUUUUGUAAACGCGUAUUUAUAAAAUCUGGAAAUUAAAGCGCUGCUUUGUUUAACCGGCG